AGUGUGCAGCUGCUGCGAGAGAAUGGUGCACCUUAGAGUCAAUAUAGGUGCGUUAUUUUAUCCAACUCUGAUUUUAUAUUUUUGCAACUUUAACCGCCCUACAUAGUUGUGCAGGGUGUAUGCGCAAAGUUCAGAGUGUCUUCUCCGCGGUUUAAUACUAGGCUCCAAAUGGCUUGGAUUAUCCUCCCGCAUCUGCACAGGACUGGCGCUGCUUUUCUCCUGCUUGCUGUGAUUCUGACAGGUGAUGCUGUCGCGCAGGUUUUUGACAGCUAUGGGUUGUCUUACGCCUUGAGGUCCGAGCUUUCAGAGGACACAAUAUUGGUUGCCAAUAAUGGGAUCCGCGUGCCUUUCGGGAGAUCCGUCUUCAUUGAUCCCAUCAACGAUUUGGUCAUUCAAGUUCAGCCUGGUGAUAGAUGCAGCAUAACAGUCCUGGACAAUGACCCCAUGUCCCAAAGACCUGGACACCUGUCCCCGAAAAAGUUUCCAUGUGAAUUUGGCCCCAACGACGUGAAGUAUUCUCACUUUGGCUCCAGAAGUCCUCCGAGGGACAGAGUGAGACUACAGCUCAGGUAUGACACUCAAACGGAUACAAUUAUUAUUCCUUUUAUGAUGGAGGUGGAAGUUGUUUUCACGCAGCUGGAAGUUCUUACCAAAAACAUGCCACUCACUGUAGAGAAACUACUUGGCACAAGUAACCCCAUCGACAGGAGGAUUUUAGAAUUCACCUAUGACAGAAGUGCACAGCAAUGCAAAAUAGCCUCUCUGUCCAGUGGCAGCGUGCUGCCCAGGUAUGGGGAACUUGUGGAUCAGAACAGCCUAGGAACAAUGGUGGACUGUGAUGAAUUCAUUAAGAUGAAUAUUCGGUAUCAGCACACUUUUGCUUUGAAGUCCCCAAACAGAGAUUACAUUCCCAUGCUUGUGGAGUUAAACGAUAAGGAAGGGAAUUUGCUCAAGCAGGAAUUUUUCCAAAUUUUGGUGAGGAUUAAAGAUGGAGAGGAGAACACAGCUCCGAAACCCAGCUUUGUUGCCAUGAUGAUGAUGGAAGUAGACCAGUUUGUAAUGACAGCAAUAACCAUGGACAUGCUGGCUGCAGAGGAUGUUGAAUCUAAUCCUGAUGAAUUAAUUUUUAACAUCACAUCGACCCUGUCCUUUGAAGAGGGCUACAUAGUGAGCACAGAUGAUAGGAAUUUACCAAUAACCUCUUUUUACCAAGGAGACCUGAAAGACUUGAAAAUUGCCUACAAGCCCCCUGCGGUGGAUUCAGAAACUGAGCGGAUUUUCCAGAUUGAGUUUGAGGUUGUGGACUCAGAGGGGGCUGUGUCAGACCCUUUUGCUUUCAUGAUUGUUGUCAAGCCAAUGAACACAUUAGCUCCUGUGGUAACCAGAAACACAGGACAGUUACUGUAUGAGGGUCAGUCCAGGCCCCUGUCCAGCUCACAGAAUCUGGAAAUCAGCGAUGAGGACAAUUUAGACAAAGUCAAAAUCACUGUUAUUGAUGGGCUGAGGCAUGGGGACUUGACUGUUCUGGGCUCAAGGAGAAAAUUUUUCACCCCUGCUGACCUCGACUCUGGAGUUGUAAUUUAUCAACAUGACGGCAGUGACACUUAUAGUGAUAAUAUUAUUUUCAGAAUGACCGAUGGCAGCAAUGAGGUGGAGUUUCUGUUUCCCAUCACUGUCGUGCCAACAGAUGAUGAGCCUCCCAUAAUCAAUGCCAACACUGGUUUGGUUUUAUUUAAAAACCAAAUGAUGCCAAUCUCUUCACUUAUGCUUAGUGCAGCAGACAUCGACUCAGAGGAUUCUUCUAUAAAAUUCACAAUAGAGACUCCUUUUUCUGCAAUCGGGCAGGUACUGCUGCGUCAGUCUGAAGCCCCAGAAGACCCGUCAACCUGGAAGUUUAAUACAGAGGAUGAAGUCUAUGAGAAAGUAGUGACUGAAUGGCUGCAGCAGGAUAUUACAGAUGGCAAACUGUUUUACAAGCAUAUUGGGCCUCACAGCACCAGCACUGUCAUGGAUCAGUUUGUGUUUAGAGUGCAAGAUGACAAUGACCCACCAAACCAAUCAGGUGAGAGCUCAUUUGUUAUCAAAAUUCUCCCCAUUGACGACCUCCCACCUGAACUCUACCCUGGAACUACUCUACAAAUAACAGUGCAUGAGUACCAGCUUACUUACUUCAGAAAAAAAUUCCUUCGUUACACUGACCUGGACUCAGAGGACCGAGAUCUGAAAUACACAAUCAUCCAGCCACCAACGGAUACAGAUGAAAACAGCCCUAUUGUACUGGGAGCUCUGGUGUUAACUGAAAUGCCAAACACUGAGGUCACGACUUUUACCCAGGCGCAAAUUAACCACCAUAAAAUAGCGUACAAACCACCUGAUCUUGAGCUUGGGAUCACCUCCCGUGUUUUGCAGUUCAGGUAUACUGUGGAGGAUGUUUCUGGAAAUAUUGUUGAAGGAGUUUUCACAAUAUUUUUGCAGCCUGUGGACAACACGCCGCCUCAAAUAACAAACUCUGGGUUUACUGUGCUUGAACGUGGUACACAUGUUAUAACAAGCGCUGAGCUGGACACCUCAGACACAGACACAGACAGCAAACAGAUAUCUUUCACUGUUACCCAGGCUCCACUGCAUGGCUUCAUCCAGUUUACAUUCACUGACAUGACUAAAGGAGACACAUUCAGCCUGGAGGAUAUUGGAAAUAGCAGAAUUUCAUACAUUCAUAAUGGAGAUGAAUCAGUAGUGGAUUCAAUACAGAUUGAUGUCAGCGAUGGGGUCCAUGUUGUCCCAAUUACUAUAAGGAUUAAUGUGAAGCCAAUUGAUGACGAGACUCCAACUCUUAGUCUCCCAGCUGGUACAAUAGGUUCCUAUAUAGAUGUACUGGAAAAUGGAGCAACAGAAAUCACAAGUAAUGUCAUUCAGGGGCGAGAUGAAGACACUGAUGACCUCCGUCUGACUUUUAUUGUGGAGGACCCUCCAACACUGGGGGAAAUUCUAGUCAGAGGUGUCCCGUCUGGCACUUUCACUCAAGCUGAUAUCAUAAAUGGCUUUGUGGUCUAUGCUCAUACUAGUGGGGAAAUAGGCUUUACUACAAAGGAGGACUUUUUCAAUCUCACACUAACAGACAUGUCUGAUGAGUGGACUGUUGGAGGAAAUAAGAUCACAGGUGUCAGAGUGCAUGUAACUAUUCUUCCCCUGGACAGUCAGGCUCCAGAGGUCUUUGUGGGGCCACUAUUCACCGUUGUUGAGGGAGAGAAGAACUCAAUUCAGAUUCUUCAUAUAAGUGCUGAUGAUGUGGACACCCCCGAUGAUGACCUUCUUUGUACAAUCAUUGUACAGCCAACUUCAGGGUAUGUGGAAAAUAUUUCCCCAGCCCCAGGCUCAGAGAAAUCCAGGUCCGGGACUGCUAUAAGUGCUUUCACCAUCAAGGACAUCAGACAGAAUCACAUUUUCUAUGUUCAAAGCAUUCACAAAGGAGUGGAGCCAGUAGAGGACAGGUUUACGUUCAGAUGCUCUGAUGGCAUCAAUUUCUCUGAAAGGCACUUUUUCCCUAUCUCCAUAAUCCCCUCUAAUGAUGAAAAGCCGGAGAUUUACAUGAGAGAGUUUGUAGUUAUGGAGGGCAUGAACAUAGUCAUUGACACUCCCAUUCUGAAUGGUGCUGAUGCAGAUCUCCCCCCUGAUCAGCUCACAUUUGUUAUCUCCAAACCCCCCAAGCAUGGAUUCAUUCUCAAUCAGCUCACUACUGGCACGGUACUGGUCACUAACUUCACCUUGGAUCAGAUCAGGGAGGCCUCCAGCAUUGUGUAUGAGCAUGAUGACUCAGAAACCACAGAGGACAGCUUUGACGUUGUUCUCACUGAUGGAAAGUUCACUAUAGAGAAAACAGUAAUAGUAAUGAUUAUCCCUGUGGACGACGAGACCCCGAGAAUGGCAAUCAAUGACGGCCUUGAAAUUGAGAUUGGUGAUGUCAAAGACAUAACAAACAACGUUUUAAAAGCUACUGACCUGGACUCUGAGGACUCCACUCUAACUUUCAUCAUCCGUUAUGGACCUGGUCAGGGGAAUUUACAGAGGACCACACCUUCUGGAACAUUGCAGAACAUCACAGUUGGAAUGAACUUUACACAGAAUGAAAUAGAUCUGGGUUUGAUUAUAUACGUCCAUAACGGGCAAGAGGGGAUCCGUGACCUUAUCAAAUUUGACGUGACAGAUGGCAUUAACCCUCUAAUUGACAGAUAUUUCUAUGUCACAGUGGGAGGCAUUGACAUGGUUUUCCCAGACGUGAUCAGUAAAGGUGUAUCCCUCAAAGAAGGUGGCAGGGUUACCCUGACAACAGACCUGCUCAGCACAAGCGACCUGAACAGCCCAGAUGAACACUUAGUUUUCACAAUCACAAGAGCCCCCAUGAGAGGACACCUGGAGUGCACAGACACGCCAGGGAUGCCCAUCUCUUCUUUCACACAGCUCCAGCUGGCUGGAAACAAAGUCUACUACAUCCACACCGCUGAUGAUGAGAUGAAAAUGGAUAGCUUUGAGUUUGAAGUGACUGACGGCUACAACCCUGUGUUCCGCACUUUCCGUAUUUCCAUCACUGAUGUGGACAAUAAAAAGCCUGUGGUGACAAUUCAUGGCCUUGUGGUGACUGAGGGGGAGAACAAACUCAUCACGCCUUUUGAGCUCACAGUGGAAGACAGAGACACCGCUGACCGCCUCUUGAAGUUCACAGUCACUCAAAUCCCAGUUCAUGGUCGCCUGCUCUUUAACAACACCCUGCCCGUCACCUCCUUCACAAAGCAGGACCUGAAUGAGAACAUGAUCAGCUACAAGCAUGAUGGCACAGAGAGUGCAGAGGACAGCUUCUCCUUCACUGUCACUGAUGGCACUCACACAGACUUCUUCAUCUUCCCUGAUACUGUGUUUGAGACUCGAAAACCCCAAGUGAUGAAGAUCACUGUCCUCUCAGUGGAUAAUGGAGUACCACAGAUUGUGGUCAACAAGGGAGCCCCAACAUUGAGGGUCCUUGAGACUGGUCACUUGGGGUUUGUGAUCACCAGUAAGACCCUUAAAGCAGAGGACCGAGACAGCAUUCAGAAUUCUGUGACCUUUCGACUAACUGUUGCCCCAGAACAUGGCUACCUGAUCAACCUGGGCAGAGGAAAUGCUACAAUCACAACCUUCACACAAGCUGAAAUCGACGAUAUGAACGUAUGCUAUGUUCUGAGGGAUGGCACCAAUGCAACAAAUGACAUCUUCUACUUCUCCAUUGAGGACAGUGGAGGCAACACACUUAAGAACCAGCAGUUCCGUCUGAACUGGGCCUGGAUCUCUUUGGAGAAGGAACACUAUGUGGUGGAUGAACAGGUCAAGUUCCUGGAGGUGGUGCUGAAACGUCGAGGCUACCUGGGGGAGACCUCCUUCAUUAGCAUUGGCACAAAGGACGGCACUGCAAUCAAGGACAAAGAUUUCCGGGGAAAGUCACAGAAACAGGUGCAAUUCAACCCUGGCCAGACCACAGCCACCUGGAAGGUCCGGAUCUUGUCAGAUAAUGAGUAUGAAGUGUCAGAAAACUUCCAGAUUGUUCUGUCUGAGCCGGUGAUGGCUGCCCUUGAAUACCCAGAGAUUGCUACUGUGGAGAUCCUGGACCCUGAUGAUGAGUCUACAGUGUUCAUUCCCUCGGCUACAUACAACAUAGAGGAGGACAUUGGUGAGCUGCUCAUCCCUGUGCACAGGAGUGGAGACGUGAGUCAGGAGCUCAUGGUCAUCUGCUUCACACAACAAGUUUCAGCCACAGGCACCAUCCCGACUGCAGUGCUAUCCUACUCUGAUUACAUCUCCAGGCCUGAGGACCAUCACAGCAUUGUGCGCUUCGACAAGGGAGAGGAGGAGAAAACCUGCCGGGUUGUUAUCAUCGAUGACUCCCUGUAUGAAGACGAGGAAACCUUCAAUGUCACCCUCAGCAUGCCCAUGGGGGGCCGUCUGGGCUCAGAGUUCCCCACAGCUAGAAUCACAAUCAUGGCCGAUAUGGAAGACGCUCCUGUCUUCUACUUUGGCAACACCGACUACCACGUGGAUGAAAGCGAUGGCUUCGUGGAGGUGCAGGUGUGGAGAACCGGGACUGAUCUCUCCAGAGUAGGAACUGUCACUGUGCGCUCCAGAAAGACGGAUCCUGUCUCAGCUGAGGCUGGUGUGGAUUAUGUCGGGAUCAGCCGGAAUCUGGACUUCGCACCGGGAGUCACCAUGCAGACGUUUCGUGUGACCAUCUUGGAUGACCUGGGCCAGCCUGUGCUGGAGGGGCCAGAGAAGUUUGAGCUGGUUCUCCGGAUGCCCAUGAAUGGGAUCCUCGGGGAGCCGAGCAAGGCCACCAUCCUCAUCAAUGACUCUGUGUCGGACUUACCAAAGGUGCAGUUUCGUGAUGCUGUUUAUGUGGGCAACGAGAAUUCUGGGCAGAUCUCAGCUACUGUUUACCGAAGUGGUGAUAUCAGCUACAAGUCCACGGUGCGCUGCUACAGCAGACAGGGAACAGCUCAGGUUAUGAUGGACUUCAAUGAGAGACCUAACACAGACGCUUCCAUCAUCACCUUCUUACCAGGAGAGGUUGAAAAGCCUUGUGUACUGGUGCUGGUCGAUGACACAGAACAUGAGGAGGAGGAAGAACUGCGUCUUGUGUUGGGAAACCCCAAAAGUGAAUCUCCAUUUGGGGCAUCUAUUGGAACACAGAAUGAGACUCACAUCAAGAUCAAGGACGAUGCUGACAAGGCCAUUAUUAGAUUUGCAGAGACCAAAUUCAGUGUGAAUGAGCCGAAGGAAAGUGGCCAGAUGUCUGUGGUGAGGAUUCCAGUGCUGCGUGUAGGAGACACUUCCAAGGUGUCUGUUGUCCGAGUUCACACCAAGGAUGGAUCUGCUACCUCUGGAGAGGACUACCAUCCCAUUUCAGAAGAAAUUGUAUUCAAAGCAGGCGACACAGAGCACUAUGUGGAGGUGGAGAUUUUAUAUGACAGUGUCAGAGAAAUGAGGGAGGCGUUCACGGUUCACCUGAAGCCAGAUGAGAACAUGGUGGCAGAGACAAAGAUGAGCAAAGCUAUAAUCUAUAUUGAGGAGACCAACAGCAUGGCAGAUGUCACUUUCCCCUCGGUGCCCAGAGUGGUUUCUCUUCUGCAUUACGAUGACAUUGACAGAACCAGAGACCCUUCCCUCAUCGCAGGAUACCCUGUUAUUUGUGUCACUGCUUGUAACCCAAAGUACCCAGACUAUGACAAAACAGGCUCCAUCUGUGUGAGCGAGAACAUCAACAACACCCUCACUCGUUAUCGUUGGCUUGUUAGCGCCCCCACAGGCCCUGAUGGCGUCACCAGUCCUAUGAGAGAGGUUGACUUUGAUACCUUUUUCACGUCCUCCAAGCUCAUUACUCUGGACUCAGUCUACUUCCAGGCCGGUUCUCGGGUCCAGUGUGCCGCCAGGGCCGUGAACUCUAAUGGGGAUGAAGGUCUGGAGCUCAGCAGCCCCAUUGUGUCAAUCAGCAGGGACGAGGGAAUGUGCCAGCCUCGUGUUGUAGGCACAGUCGGGGCAGAGCCAUUCUCUGCGAAGCUGCGGUACACUGGAACAGAAGACAUAGACCACCCCAACUUCAUCAAACUGACUGUCACAAUGCCUCACAUUGAUGGUAUGUUGCCUGUGGUAUCGACCCGUCCGCUCUCUAACUUUGAGCUCACAUUAAGCCCCGACGGCACCCGUGUCGGCAACCACCGCUGCUCCAAUUUGCUGGACUUCUCCGAGGUCAAGACUCGCUACAGCUUCCUUACUGAAGCCACCAAAAAUCCUGAAGUAAUCGGUGAUACAGCCCCCUACCAGUACAGCACUUCCCUCAGGGGAUCCAGUACACUGCGGUUCUACAGAAACCUCAACUUGGAGGCUUGUUUGUGGGAAUUUAGCAGCUACUAUGACAUGUCUGAGCUACUCAGCGACUGUGGAGGCACCGUCGGGACUGAUGGACAGGUGCUGAAUCUGGUCCAGUCCUUUGUGACCUUACGUGUCCCCCUUCAUGUGUCCUACGUGUUUCACUCCCCUGUGGGAGCAGGAGGCUGGCAGCACUUUGACUUGCAGUCAGAGCUGAGGCUCACAUUUGUGUACGAUACUGCCAUCCUGUGGAGAGAUGGAAUAGGUAGCCCACCAGAGGCUGAACUACAAGGAGCACUGUACCCGACCAGCAUGCGUAUAAACGGCCAGGGACGCCUGGUAGUCAACUUCCGCACUGAAGCUCGAUUUAGAGGCUUGUUUGUAAAUUCACAUUCAGCCUCACGACUCACCUCCAUGGUCAUGUGUCCGGACCACCCUGGUUUGACCUUUAACCUCAGUCUUGUGAGGAAUGAGCCAACCUACAACCAGCCCAUCCAGCAGUGGUCAUUUGUCUCUGAUUUUGCUGUUCGUGAUUACUCUGGCACAUACACAGUGAAGCUGGUCCCCUGUACGUCCCCUCCAAGCUUGGAGUACACCAUCCCUCCUGUCUGCAGUCCCAGAGAGCCUCUUACCUUUGACAUGGACAUUCGCUUUCAGCAGGUGAGUGAUCCUGUUGCUGCUGAGUUCAGCCUGAACACACAGAUGAUUUUACUCUCCAAACGGACACUCUGGCUCUCAGACGGCUCCAUGGGCUUUGGACAGGAGAGUGACACUGCGUUCUCACAGGGUGAUACAAUCUACGGCAGGGUGAUGGUGGAUCCAGUGCAAAACUUGGGCGACUCCUUUAUGUGUAGCAUUGAAAAAGUGUUCAUGUGUACUGGAGCUGAUGGAUACGUCCCCAAAUACAACCCCAGCAACUUUGAGUUUGGCUGCUUGGCUGAUGCCCCAUCACUGCUCUACAGAUUCAAGAUCAUUGACAAGGCUCAGCCUGAGACCCAGGCCCGCUCAUUUGGAGAUGUGGCAUUCAACGCUUUCCUGGCAGUGGAUGAUGCCGGUGCUUUAGGUCUUGUGAGACAACCUGGAUCAGAUGGUUUCAGACUGGAUUCUUCAGCUCUCUUCCAGGUGUCUGCAGGCAGAGAGUGGUUCAUUCACACCAUCUACACAGUUCGUUCUCGGGACAACGCUAACCGUGGCAUAGGGAAGAGGAGCCUGGAGUACCAUGUCAUGAGUCAGCACACAAAUCUGCUGCCAAAGGGUCAACAUCGCAGUAAAAGAUCAACCAAUGACGUGCCAGACUUAGUAGAGGAGAUCGGUUUGAGCAACAACCGCGGCACAAACAUCCUCCACAUCGCGCUGGACCGCAGCAGCCAGCAGAGGACGAGCCCAGAGAGAGAGAUCUUCACCAAAGGGAUCAUCCCCCGGGAGCUCAACCAGAAGGAAAACAGUGACGACAGACUAGUGCUGAUCAUCGGGAUCUUUGUAGGUCUGCUCCUCAUGGUGCUCAUCAUCAUCCUGGUGGUGGUACUGAUCCGGUCCAAGCGAGAGAAGAAAGACGUACCGAAGAGCUCCAGCAGCAGAGAGCCCAUGAUGACACAAGCUGUCAUGAACAGUGACAGCUCCGAGGUCUAACAGACACACUGAUGGUUCAGAGUUUUAGUUGACUUUUUUUUUUUUGCAAGUGCCUCACAUUUAGAUAAAAUCGAAGAUUGUGUAAAGCAAGACAAACUUUAAGAGCUUUGAUUCUAUUCAGAAAUCUACUUGAAAUACUGCAUCUCUUCCACGGCCGGGGAGUGAUUGGGACACUCACUUGGAUACAGACUUUGUCAGCAGCUGUUUCAAGGCACUUGUCAUACUGUCAGCACUCCAUUUUUCAUUUGCUUUUGAUGCCACUUGAUCCAAAAAAAGGUGUUACUUUCCAAAGGUGCUAUAGAAGAUGCCUCCUAACUUGAAUGGCAUUUGGUUUACUGAGUAUGUCAAGAGAGGUUUAUAUUUUUCAUACUGCUGUGUUAACAUCCGGCUUUGUUUGUUUGAUUUGCUGCCCAUAGUUUGUACUACACUGGAUACAUCCGUUAGCCAUCAUAGGGACAAGAAUUGAAUGAUUUAUCAGUAGAUGCUGUGCGUGCCUAAGAAAUCACAUCAUCUUGAGGUCCUGUGAUGUAUGUUGUGCUACCUUGCAGCAGUGAAACAUUUUUUACAUUUUCAUGUUUUAUGUUUUUGCAUGCAUAUAUUUUUGUAUCGUAAGAUUGUUCCAAAUUGUUUAAAAAAAUCUGAUCACUGAUCAGAAUGGAAUCAUGACAAAGCAUCUUUGCUGUUGUAUUUCACCAGUUGAUGUAUUUUCCAUCAUAUCCCGUAUAAACUGUAUUCAUCAGUAGCUUAUAGUUGUCAAAUUUCCCCUUAAAAGUAAGUUGUGUCAUGAUUUUAAGACCUUUUAAGUGACAUAAGGCACUAAAUCAAAUAAGAGAAGUGAAUCUGGUAGAGUUUGUGGUACUGUAGAAACUUUCAAGACAGCUGGUCUGCAAUGUACAGUGUAGUAUAGUAGCAGUUCUAUAUUCUCUAUUUCCAACAAGAACUACUUUUAAUUUUUGGCUCAACUACUGGAUUUCAAAGAGGUGACUAAUGUAGCGUAUAGAUAGCAGGGACUCCAGAUCCCUCCAACAACAGGGCUAAGUACUGAUUGUUUCUACACCCUGAAAUAUUACCAUGUCUAAUACAUUUGAGGAGAUUUCACUCAAAGGGAAUGAAAUGCUUUACCCUCAAUCAUUGUUUUUACUGUCAGAACUGCUGUCCCCCUGAUUCAUUAGUUUUAAGUGUAUUUAUUUAUUUUUCAAUGCUUGUUAUGUAGUGCUGAGGUAAAUCAUGGCAUUUCCUUUUUACUGUUGUGUUAAACCUAUCAUUCUUAAGAUCUACUGUACAAACUGUUACUUGUUUGUCAUUGUGAUUUCAUUGUGCACAUAUGAGCAUCGUACAGGAAUUCAAUAUGUUACUGUUUUCCAGAUCCAGACACUGGAUUGCCAUAAAAAUCUGAUUACCUCAUACUCAUUUAUAUCAACAUAGACACUAUAUUCAUAGUCACUACUUUAUAAAUAUAAGGUUCAUUUGCUAUUUUAUGUUGAAACUGAAAACAAUUCUAUGCAACCUGUGUUAUCAUACCUUCAUGAAAUGUUUACCCCAAGUGUGAUUUUUGUAUUCAAUGCACAAUUUGCUUGCUAAUCUAGGUUUGACACUGUAUCAUCGUACUGUGGUUGUUUUAUUCCACUCUAAUUCUUUGAGUGCAUUCUGAGCUUUUUUUAUGCACAUGUAUGUAUGUAUAUACAUAUGUAUUACAUAUAAAUAUACCAUUUGGAUGUUUUGGGAAUGGUUAUUGUUGAAAAAAUGCAUAAAGUAUGUGCUGUAAUUAUUUGUAACAUUGACCAGAAGCACAGCGUGGUCUGCCAAUAAAUAAUUUUUCA